ACACAUGGGAAUGGUUAAUCCAUAACAUAAAGUUCCUUGAGGUGGAGAGGUUGGGUUGAAGCCAAGAUGGCUGAGUUUGUGAGGGGUGGACCUGUGGCUGGUGUAAAUUUACCGAAAGAGAAAUUGCAGGGUUCACCUAGUACUGGUAGCGAUGAGGGACAUGAUGGUGCUAUUGGAGAAGAAUUUGAUCCCUUUUUGGGGGACGUCGAAGAAACAGAAGCAACCAACACCACCACUGUUGUUGCACCCCCAGAAAAUCAAUGGUACCAUGGGCGGUUAGAUCGCUACACUGCGGAGGAACGAUUGUGGCAAGCAGCGAAAAUGGGAAGUUAUCUUGUUCGAGAGAGUGAUAGGAAACCUGGCUCCUAUGUCCUAUCAUACCUUGGAAGAACAGGAAUAAAUCACUUCAGAAUCACUGCAGUGUGUGGAGAUUUUUAUAUUGGUGGUAGGCAGUUCGAUUCAUUGUCGGAUCUCAUAGGAUAUUAUACAAGCUGUUCUGAUUUACUGAAGAGAGAGAGGCUCAUUCAUCCAGUACCUCCCCCAGAGCCUGUAAAUGACAAGAAGAGAGUGGUUGCUAUUUUACCUUACACUAAAAUGCCUGAUACUGAUGAACUCAGUUUUCAGAAAGGAGAUAUUUUCUUCGUACACAACGACAUGGGUGAUGGAUGGUUGUGGGUUACUGCACAUCGUACAGGUGAACAAGGGAUGAUAUUUAGAGACCUAGUAGAUGAUCUGGAUGAAAAUAUUGAUCCAAAUACUGUGUUUAGUUGGUUCCACCCAAACGUUACCAAAAGUGAAGCAGUGGAUAUGCUAGUCAAAGCGGGCCCUGGUAGUUUCCUAGUUCGACCAAGUGAUAAUUCACCUGGUGAUUAUUCAUUGUUCUUUCAUAUAAACAACCAAAUUCAGCGUUUUCGAAUUGAGAAAAAAGGAGUACGUUAUUUAAUGGGUGGUCGGACGUUUGAAUGUUUAGAUGCCGUUAUAAAUCGAUACAGGAAGGAACAGAUUGUAGAGGGCCACACUCUUGUACAGGCGGUUGGUAGGUCUAUGGCUGAUGGAGAAGGAACUGUUAAACCUAAGGAAGUGCAACAUGCUGAAAAAAUUUAUGCAACUCUUAGGGAAUGUAGAGAGCAAUCGGGUGUUAAAAAGAACAAAGGUAUAAAAAUGCAGGGAUAUCUUAAUAAGAAAAGUGAAAAAAAUAAGAAAUGGAAGUCAAUGUACUUUGUGCUGUUGGUUGAUGGCACAGAUACUCAUUUGUACUUCUACGACAAUCCCAAGCGCACUAAACCUAAAGGCCUCAUAGAUUUGAGUUGUGCUUAUUUAUAUCAAGUUCAUGACAGUGUCUUUGACAGGCCUCAUUGUUUCCAAUUGGUUGAAAGAGCUCUUCCUUGUUUAGCUACUAUCACCUAUUUGUGUUCUAAUUCCGCAGAUCUCACUCAGGACUGGAUAACAGCUCUGAAACCAUUGUGUGUAACGCAACAAACCAGGUCUCCCAAAGUUCAGAGACUUCGGGAGUUACGGUGUUUGCAUUUACAUGUUCUUGAUGCGCAUAGAUUACCUUUUAAAUUGGUGCCAAAUCCAUUUUGUAUCAUUUCUCUCAAUCAAGUUAAAGUUGCUCGUACGAAAGUGAAGACUGGGCCUGAUCCUGUGUGGGAUGAAGAAUUUGUUUUAGAUGAUGUUCCUCCCGAUGUGAUAACAUUUACAAUAACUGUUUAUAAUAAGGGCAAACGUUCAAAAGACACAGAAGUUGCAGAACUGACUGUGGAAUUAAGCAAUUUAACCAAUGGAGAUGAGGUAACGGAAAUGAAUGAGGACUGGUACGCUUUGUCAGGCAUAACACCUAUUGGUGAAUGGGGUUCAUUGCGAUUACGAAUCCGUUAUGUUCAUGAUCUUAUUAUGCCUCAAGAAGAAUACUCUCCUAUGCAACAAUUGGUGCUAGAUCCAUCAUUGGAGGUGGUCCGUGCCCUUGCUGACAUUUGUCACCUUGAUCGUGUACCUCUAGCUAACUCUUUGCUGCGAAUAUUCAGGUAUGAGCGUAAAGAGGCUGAUUUGCUCAAAACACUCAAUGAAGCUGAAAUCGAGAAAGAAGAAGAGACAUCCACGCUUUUUCGUGCUGCUUCACUUACUACUACCUUAAUGGAUUUAUAUAUGAAGUCAGUUUGCACAGGUUUUCUCCAAUCUGCAAUUCAGGAUACUAUUUUGAAACUUCUGGAAUCUAAACAGUCUUGUGAGUUAAAUCCAACCAAAAUGGAAUCGCCAGAUGAUGCUUGUGCCAAUGCUGAAUUUCUUCUUCAGAUUCUGGAUGAAGUUACUCUUUCUAUUUUCAUGUCUGCUGAUGCAUGCCCCAAGACUGUACGUUAUAUAUGUGGAUGCUUGCAGCGGACAGUAAUGAGUAAAUGGCCUCAUGAACGUUUAGUACGCACUAGAGUUGUGAGUGGUUUUAUUUUUCUUCGACUCUUGUGUCCUGCAAUACUGAAUCCUCGACAGUUUAAUUUAAUUUCUGAACCUCCACCUCCAAUGGCUGCAAGAUCACUAAUUAUGGUAGCAAAAUGUCUUCAAAAUCUUGCCAAUUUGGUAGAAUUUGGAGGCAAAGAGCCUUACAUGGAAGUUGUUAAUCCUUUUAUUCUCAAAAACAAGGAGCGCAUGGUGGUAUUCUUAGAUCAGCUCUCUAGUUUGACUGAAAAACCUGAAUCAGAAGAAACACGUAUUAAAGGUGAUCCAGCCAGAGAUUUGGGAACUCUUCAUCAUAUUUGUGUUUCUCAUUUAAAGGAACUUCAGGUUCUUGGGAAAACUCAGGCUACAAUAAAGAAACUGGUUACAGUAACUGAAAUGCUUAGUAAACACAAACAAAAAUAUUUGGAAAUGAUAAGAUAGUUACUUGAAGUGUAUAGUCCAAUGUAUGAUCUGCAAGAACAAUGAAAUGGUAUUCCAGUUAGCAGGAAAUUUUUCUGCAAUAAGGCGUGAAUAUUGUAGUAGCUUGUACUUGUGACCAUUUUGAGGGCAAUAUGUAUGGACAAAAUAUUAUUUGUUGGAAGUAUGCAAGUUGGUUAAACUCAUCUGUAUAUUUUGGGAAGAAAACGAGUUUGGAUUCUCAGAAUUCUUUUUUCUCUUCCUUUUAUGAUAAUUUUAUUAGUUUUUUUAUUCCUUGUAGAACAGACUUUUUAUAUGUAUAACUGACUUCAAAAAACGAAUACUGUUUGUUAAAUUGUUGCCAGUGUUCUUAUAUUUGUUUUGUUAAAUUGUAAAGGGAUUCUUUCUACUUUGUUUUAUAUUGCUUUUUAGAAAUUAGCCCUCAGUUUAUUUAAACACAGAUUUAUAUUGUGAUUGAAAAAUCUUGGUUGCCCUUCAACAUUGAAAUGCUUUCAUGAGUAACAAGCAAGUGUGCUCAGGUGGAUUUACUGAGCUUGUGGGAAAGUGAAGUAAAUAGUAAUUUCAUAAAUAAGAUUAGAACAUUUUGCUUGGUUCUAUAUUCCUAGAUAGUGCUUACAUGUGACUGAAUCUACGUUGAUCUGCCUUGAGAAGUGGUAGAUAUCCUUUUACACGUGAAUUUUUUUAUUACAGUGAGAAUUUUUAUAAUACAUCUCCAUGUCUGAUAGUGCAAAUGAUAUGAAUGAAAUUAGUAUGAUUGUAUUAAUAUUGUAAAUAUUUUGGUGCAUUUUACCUCCUGCAUUUUGUACAGAAAAAUAUUAUGUAGUUAUUGGGAGAAAAUAUAAAUGAAUAUGUAUGUGUAGUAUUUAAAUAUAAUUGUCUCGAUUUUUGAAUUUGAAACUUUACAUACAUUGUUUAGUGUCAAGUAUACCUUGCAUAGAUCCUUUUUAUUAAAAGAAAGCCAGUGUAAGUUGAAUAAAUAUUAAUAUAGCAAAAACAUGUGUUUGACAACCUGGGCUAAUUUACUCCUUAAUUCGACG